GAACUUGAGCAAUACUCAAGACGAGACUGCUUGGAAAUUCGGGGUAUUCCAAAGAAUUCUAGUGGCAUGCGGGAAGAUACAAACAAAAUUGUUAUUGAGCUCGGUCGAAAAAUUGGAAUUGAGUUGAAAAAAGAGGAUAUAUCAACGAGCCAUCGUCUCCCGAGUAAAGUGAAAGCGAACGGAGAAAGAGCUCUGUUCCCACCUGCCAUUAUUGUAACGUUUACGAGCCGGGAUGUUCGUGAGAAACUUUAUCGAGCCAGGAAGGUCCUCAAGCAAGACUUAGGCUUUUCCAAGGAGAAUAGAAUCUGUAUUAAUGAAAGUCUUACUCAAAGCAACAGGGAUCAACAUGAAGGUAGCAAGGUAAUCCAGAUCACCAAUGCUAAAGCCUUUUGGAAAAGAGGCGAAGAAAUGUCCUACGCUCAAGUAAUGAUACCACCAUAG